CUGUGAGGAAGAACAAACUGGAUGAAGCAAGUAUAAUAGCCAGGACACAGAAAUUAUAGAACAUAUUGGCUGUUGUUGUGAGCAGGGAGAGAGUAGACUUUAGUUCAGUCAGCCAAUCAACAGUCAGAAAAGUACCCUAAAGGAGAGAGAAUUACAAGCAUCCAGCAGAAGAAUGAAGAGUGUUGUAGGUGUGCUGGUGUUGCUGUUCUGCUGUCUGUCUGGGGCAUUGGCUCAACAGAACAGGGUUGAUGGUGCUGUGAAAAACACUGAAACCACCUGUCAUGCUGAUGUCCAUGCUGUGCUGAGAGAGAUGAGCGCUGCCAUGGCGGAGCAGAGAGUGGAGCUGAAACACACACAGACACAGCUGCAAGCCCUGCAGGGCCAACUGAAAACCACUGAAAGACAAAUGGAGGAACUAAGAAAACAGAAUAAAGGUAAAUGCAUGGACAUUGAAAAUUCUAAAAUCAGACAUUUGAUAAAACAUUCUAAUAAUGACAAAUAAUUUGAAUGCACACUAAAUUCAUUAGUUAUUCAACUGAAGUCCCAUAACAGAUAACAAUUUUGUUAGCAUGGAAUAUAAUGUAUUUAUAGGCUACUGUAGUUGGGAAAUACAAGAUUCUUGUUAUUGUUGUUGCAGAGCGGCCAUAUGUGGCGUUUGCAGCUUCUUUGGGAGUGUCUGGAAACACUGGUCCCUUCAACACAGACAUUACAAUGAUCUACAAAAACAUCUUCACCAACACUGGCUCCGCCUACAAUCCAAAUACAGGUCUAUUUUCAGUGUGCAUACAGCUACAGUAUCCAUUAAAUAUACAGACAGAGAGACAAUCUAAAAAUAUUGGUUGAUCUUUUGACUUGGAGGGAUUUUGAGCACUGUCACUACAUUACGUUGCUUUAUGUCUUGGUGGUAGUGGUGUCAGACUUGUUGUGUUCCCUCAUCCACAGGGAUCUUCACAGCACCAGUGAGGGGAGUCUACUACUUCAGCUUCUCUGGUUGUAAUGAUGCCUCCAAAGCAAUGGGUCUGCAGCUGUAUAAGAAUGGAGUCAAGCAGGUCACUGUGUUCAACCAUGACAGCGGUACCCGCUAUGAGACUUCCACCAAUGGGAUCUCUUUGGAGCUGGAGGUGGGAGUGCAGGUCUACAUGCGUCUCCUGAAAAAUACAUGGGUUGCUGAUAGUGACAACAACCACAACACUUUCAUAGGCCAUCUGCUUUUCCCACUCUUGUCAUCUGGUUGCCAACAGUAG